UCGGGCAUUUGCCGACCAGGCGCCAUUGCUGAGGGCAGAACAUUAGAAGAAACAAUACGAAUUAAACGAAGUGAAGUGAUUUUCGUGCUAAAACGUGAAAAUGGUCAUCUCCUGCUGGGUCAAUGGAUGUUCAAAUCGUGCCGGAGGUUCAGUUAAAUUUGGAUUUUACAGUAUUCCCGUCAUUAGACUCCAUGAAUGUGAGAAGACUAAGUUUUUGUCAGAACAACGACGGAGGUUAUGGCUGGCGAGGAUAAACAGGAAAGAAACUCCCUCAAAACACUCAAGAAUUUGCUCAGAGCAUUUCGUGUCAGGCAAACCAUCAGACCUAUUUGACCAAACCAAUCCGGAUUGGGCACCUUCCCUUAAGUUGGCUGAAUGUUUGACACCAAGGAAAUCGGAAAGCAACUUGAAACAAACCACAGGCCGCACAAACAGACGUGAAAAUGUCAUCCCAAACUGCAAAUGGAAUGGAAAAGCUGCUGGGCCAUCAAAUGAGGGGAAGACUUUCCAAUUCCCAAAGAACCCAAAGAGCCAUCUUCCAAAACGAAAGAAACAAAUGGUCCCUAGCAACAGUGAGGAUGAGGGACCGGAUGCUGACAUGGUGACAACUGUAGAGACCCCAUGUUCUUCAAAAAGUCUUGUGGCACUUAAGGUGGAGAAUGAGAUGCUCAGGGAAGAGAAUGAAAAAUUGAAAAUACAAUUAGAGAAACAGAAGCAAAUUUUUUCCUUCACUCAAAUUUCUGAUAGUCCUGACAGAGUUCAGUAUUUUACUGGACUGCCUGAUGUUGCCACUGUCCUGUUUUUGGAAUCGAUUCUUUCUAAAUUUGAGCUACAAUAUCAUUCUGAUGAUUGGACUGUCCAAAUUAUGCCCUUAGUUGAUCAAUUGCUCCUGACCUUAAUGAAGCUUAGACUAAAUUGCGGCCACAUAGACCUUGCAACAAGGUUUAAUUGUAGCACAGCCACAGUAACCAACAUCUUCACCACCAUCAUUAGUGCCCUGUAUGAUAUUUUGUAUGUCGGUUUGUUUGAGAACAACAUCCCCUCCACAGCCAAGAAUCAAACAUCACUGCCAGACUGCUUCCAGCCCUUCCCUAACUGUAGGAUCGUGCUCGACUGCACAGAGGUUGCCGUCUCUAACACGGUGACGCUUGAUGCACAGUGCCAUUUGUACAGCCACUACAAAGGACGAACCACACUUAAGGCUUUAAUCGGUGUUGCGCCUAAUGGAUGUAUUACCUUUGCCAGUGACCUGUACGGUGGGAGUGCCUCAGACAAGGAAAUAACAGCUGACUGUGGACUUCUCCAACAUUUACAUCCUGGCGAUAUGAUUAUGGCAGACAAGGGCUUCACAAUUUGGGACAUUUUGCCAGAAGGAGUUUCCCUGAACAUCCCGUCUUUCCUCGUCAAUGGACAGUUUACGCAGGAGGAAGUGAACUAUAACACAUUCAUUUCAAAAGCUAGGAUACAUGUGGAGCGGUCUAUUCAGCGACUGAAAUUGUUUCACAUUUUGGACCACAUUCCAUACCAGUUCAAACUAAAUAUUAACAAGAUACUGAAAGUGUGUGUUUGUCUUACAAAUUUACAAACACCCAUUCUUUGUGAAAUUAGAUAGGUUAACUGUUAGUGUAUAUACAUGAAUUUCUGGGUUUAAUUCAUGUCUAUAUAAAUAACUGCAUUUAUAGUUUUAUUUUAAAGGGU